UUUCCCACCCACUAGCCUCUCCAAAAUCAUCCACCAGGUGUAAAAAGUCCGAAAUUCCCAUAACGCCCCACCCACGUCACCCUCCCACCACACCGCCCAUUUCCGAAGCUCCACGCUUUUCCGUCCAAAACGCUGCGUUCCCUCUCCGGCUCGCCACAUCGAAGAAAGUCAAUCACCCUCAUUUAUAAAGCCACUGGCCACUCGGCAUGAUAGAUACGCCAUUGUUAAUGUCGGUGUGAAGUUCGAAACGAAACUACUACUGCAAAAAUCUUCCGGUCCGACUUUAUUUUCCGUUUUACCCUAGCGCUUCGUCGGAAGCUGCUCAUCGCAAUUCAAGGGAAUAACCGUUCAUCGGUCGGUGUUGAGAUCGUGUUUGGACCGGAAUCGGUGGUUAGGGGUUUUUUAUGGUUUGAUUUUUUUCUUUUGGUCUUAUCAGAAUGCCACAAGCUCAAGCCCCCGUAACGUCUCAGAGCUCCGCUUAUCUUAGUGCUCUCACCUCAGAGAUCGAGAAGAAGCUCCAACGGGCGCGAACUUCUCCUUCGCAGAGACCCAAGUUGUUGCAAGAGUUAUUUGCUGACAUUGCCUUAGAGGUUGAUGACCGAGCGAGAGAUAUAAUUCUCACCAGAGAAGAAGAUGUGAUUUAUCCUGCAGAGGAUGUUACUCAUGGUCCGUUAUGCUUUUUUGACGUUCUUGCGGAUUAUUAUGUUCGGCUACCUGAGAUUGCAAAGCCCAUCCUUGAAUUAAUUGUCCAGCUAUGGAGCCAGUCUUUUGCAUCCCAUAUUUUUACACUUUUGUUCCACAAAUGGCUGUUUGAAGUUCAACUCGACAAUUCUGAAGUCCUCCUCCGCUACUCAUCGGCUCUUGUUCAAGGUGCCACAAAUAUUUUCUGGAUUGACAUCCAAACCAAUACUUGGCGCUUUCAAUCCCUCUUUCGUUAUCUUCUUGAGGAAGUUGCACUGGAGCCCAAACGAUUGAAUAAAAUUCCCGUGCAGGCCCAGAGAGAGCUGUAUCUUUUACUGUCAAGGUUCAUAAUUUUCUACAAUUCAGUUACAGCUGACAAGCUUGAAAGCUUCUUAAAGCAUUUUCCAGUUUUCCCAAAUGUUCUCUUGGUUGGUGGUGCAGCAGACAUCUUUGUUAUUGAACUUACAGAUCAGCUUCAAAAGUUGAAGGUGGAACCAGUACUGCUCCAUUACCUUUCACACAUUGGGGUUCUCCAGGGCUUGGAACUAAGAAUGACCACAAGUACAAGGUUAAAGACUUGUUUAUAUAGCUUCACAUCGCCUGGAGGUCCAAUGUAUACUACAAGAUCUGUUCGUCAUGCUGCCUGGAAUGCACUAGAUUUGCUUUUUCCGGUUGGGCGCUACCCUCGGCAUCUUAUAAGCCUAUUUUUUCGACUGCUAUAUCCAUGGUAAAUGUGAUACCUUGCAAUUGAACAAGCGAGAAAUGGAACAAUGGUGGAAACGGGAAGCAAUCAUGGUGGAGCACCCAAACCAGAUUGGUGGUGGUGCUUGGAGGAGAAGACUGGAGGAAUCAAGACGUGUUUGAUAAUGUUCCGCAAUACGUGGGGAAAAUGAUAAGCAACCGAUUGGCUAAGCGUUCCGCGAUAAGAGGUUGGGGGAAAGGAAAGUAGGGGAGAUCAAAACAAUCGACGGAAUAACAUGUUUGGUUGACCAAAUGUUCCUGGUUCGAAAAUGAUGAUAUCAUCGUAUAAUGAAAAUCUCCCUAGUUCGAAACAUAUAGAGCCUUUAAUAUUAUAUGAUACCCGUUUCUUCCU